AGGUAUAUUAAUGUGACCUUCACCGUUUGUCAUUGUUACAAACAUGGCGUCCCUUGUCAUCUCGUCCUUUCGGUCUGGUCUUAUUAAAGGAGCUCAACGUUACUCUAGUAAUUACAAAUGCUUGAAACGUGGUGUUCAAACCAGUCAAGGGUUGUUGCAACUGUCUGUAAAUGAGCCUGUUGCCAAAUCUAUGAAAAAACAUGUUGUUACCAUGGUACCUGGAGACGGUGUUGGUGCCAGUCUAAUGACCAGUGUACAAGAUAUCUUUACAGCUGCUGGUGUACCUGUGGACUUUGAGGAAAUUUUCAUUAGUGAAGUACAGCCAAGUCAAAGUGCAAGUUUAGAUACUGUUGUUGAAUCAUUCAAAAGAAAUGGUGUUGGCAUCAAAGGCAUCAUUGCAACUCCUGCUGAUGCCAAAGGCGGCGUGUUGGAAAGUUUAAACAUGAAGUUAAGACGUGAACUUGAUAUGUUUGCCAAUGUCGUUUGGAUUAAAAGCAUGCCAGGCAUCAAAACCCGACAUAAGGAUAUGAAUUUUGUGGUAAUUCGUGAACAGAGAGAAGGUGAAUACAGUGGACUUGAACAUGAGAGUACCCAUGGUGUUGUAGAGAGCUUGAAGAUUAUGACUCGUGAUAAUUCACGGAGGAUUGCUAAAUUUGCAUUUGAUUAUGCUAUUCGACAUAACAGGAAGAAGGUCACUGCAGUCCAUAAAGCAAAUAUCAUGAAACUUGGUGAUGGUCUAUUUCUGCAGUGUUGCCAUGAGGUAGCAGCAAUGUAUCCCAGAAUUGAAUUAGACACAAUGAUUGUUGACAACUGCUGCAUGCAGUUGGUGUCUAACCCUCAUCAAUUUGAUGUUAUGGUACUUCCCAACCUCUAUGGCAAUAUUGUGGACAAUUUAGCUGCUGGUCUUAUUGGAGGUGCAGGUGUUGUACCUGGUGGCAGUUAUAGCCAUGAAGUUGCUGUUUUUGAGCCAGGUGCUCGUCAUCCAUAUGCUGAGGCAUUUGGUAAGAAUAUAGCCAACCCAACUGCUAUCUUACGAGCUGCUUGUAAGAUGCUUCAACAUAUACACCUGGAUUACCAUGCUGAUAUGAUAUCAAAAGCUCUCUAUAAAGUCAUUGAAGAGGGCAAGGUUCGAACUCCUGACAUGGGUGGCUACUCUUCAACAACUGAUCUCACAUUGGCAGUCAUCGACAACUUAAAUCUAUGAUAAUAGGUAUUACUGUAUCUAACAUCUUUGCUUCUGUUUCAUUGUGUGGCCUUGCGCCAAUGUUAGAAAUCAAUGUUAGGCUUAAUUUAUACAUGCAAGUUUUAAAGAACAAGAUGAAUGAGAAUAUUCUCUUCCAGUUUUAUACCAGUAUGUUCUGUUACAAAAUAAUUUGUGAACCAUUAAAUCAUUAAAUUGUUAAUAUUAUGCUUAAGAAGAAAGCAGUGAGUUGGCAGAAUCGUUAACAUGCCGGGCAAAAUGCUUACCAGCAUUUCAUCCAUCAUUACAUUCUGAGUUCAAAUUCCGCCGAGGUCGACUUUGCCUUUCAUCCUUUCAAGGUUGAUAAAAUAAAGUACCAAUUGAGCACUGGGGUCGAUGUAAUUGACUUACCCCCUCCCCCAAAAUGACUAGCCUUGUGUCAAAAUUUAAAACCAAUAUACUUAAUAAGGGUAGUGGAUUUGCUCACAGAUUCAUUAGAGGCUGAGCAAAAUGCCUGUUGGUAUUUAGUUACAGCCCUUUGUGUUCAGAAUUCAAAUCCUGUUGAAGUCAACAUGCCUUUCAUCAUUUUGGGGCUGAUACAAUAAAGCACCAGUCAAGUACUGGAGUCAAUAUAAUUGAUCAUACAUGCCAUCAAAAUGUGUGGCCUUGUGCCAAUAUUAGGCUUAAUUUAUACAUGCAAGUGUUAAAGAACAAGAUGAAUGAGAAUAUUCUCUUCCAGUUUUAUACCAGUAUGUUCUGUUUAUUGUAUACAAAUCAUUAAACUGUAACAGGAUUGUCUUAAAAGAUGUUACUUCAAAUCAAAAUCUGUAGUAAUUGUAGCUCCUCAUUCUACUGGAUUUGUGCCUCAGUUACCAUCCUAUUUAAAGGACCAGUUGUGUGUAUAUUUCAUUCUAUAGCUUUCUUCACAGGAAUAGAGGAUCUAGCAGUCAGAAAUACUCAGUGUGCAAAGACUGCUCCAUUAUUUCCAUUUAUAGUCAGGUAGAAAUUGUUAUUAUUUCUGUUUCAUUAUGAAGUUCAAUUUUCAGGAAGGGAUUCAAUUAAAAUUCAUCUUUACUGCUCUUAGAUUAACACACCUAGGGUAAACAAUAUGCUUUGAGAAAAAUUAAUAAACGAACAGAAUAUUUACAUUUAAAACUAGAAUUCAUAGAUUUUUUUUUUUCCUUUCCAUUGUUGAAAACUUGUAAUGCUUAGAAAGAACUUAGUAAUAAUUUCAUGUCUUGGUGUCAGUCUAUUGUAAAUACACUCUAGUUUUCAGUGGAAAUUAAGUUUGGUUUGUUCAGUAACAACUCAGGGAUUUCAUUGAGUAGAAUGUUUUUAGGCUGACAUGAUAGAAUGUCUACAGUUAUUGAGACACCAAUCUGGCAACAUAACAGACAAUUCUCCAUCACUGUCUUUUCUGGUUGUUACCUUAUAGCAAAUAAUGAAUGCAUUUGGUAUACAACACAUAUCAUUUAGUCAUGCCGUUUAGAAAUUUAGGUUUAAAACUCAUAUUACUGAGAAAAUUAUCAGGAAUUACAUGAUGGCAAUUUCUACCUUUAUUGCAGUCAUUGUCAGAUUUGAUGUAGAAUGAGGGACCAUAUAGUUUUAAAAACUAAACAAGAAAAUGAGAGACUUGAUCAGGUUUAUAUGAAAUUUAUGAUAAAAGAUGUAUUUGGUUUAAGAAAUUAUCUUCAUAUUUUUUCUUUUUAUAAUUCUUCCACCAGAGUCAUGCAGAUGUAGUACAACUACAAUUGCUUCAACUAAUGAAUUACAAGCUUUUUGUUACAAAUUUAAAGUUCAGUCCAUGUUAAAGCAUUUAUAUACAGAUGUGCUAAAAAACAUAUGGUCUUUGUGGUUUGUCACUAAGUUAUGUAAAAACAAUUUUAAAAAUCUAACAACAAUGACUUUAAUAUAGUAAAGUGUACAAAUUUUAUUAGUGGUUAGUUUCACAUGACUUUCCUGAUUAAUGAAACUACACGAAUAGUAAACAACAUAAAUGUCAGCUAUUAUUAUCUUUCCUUCAACAGUUUUAACCAUAUGAGUCAUUUAGAGAAUCAUAUCAAUAUCUCACUGUUGAAUAUUUUCUUUUUUCUUAAAAUAAUUUCAAAUAUAAACUUUCACAAAGAUGAAAAAUAAAUGUCUUGACUUGCUGUUUUUUGUUAAAAGAUUUUUUAUUUAAUAUUUAUUUACAAUAAAACAAGAGGAUUAUUUCAUACUAAACAAUGUUUUUUCUCAUAGAAACUAGAUCUUUUAUGUGUGAAAUGAUGAAAAGAUCCCAAAAGAUUUAGAAAUCAAUGUAUAAAAUUUGAAUUCUUAUUUAAUACAAUAUGAAAUGUUUGUAAAUAAAUGCAUUAACAAAUCCCA